UCAGAGACCAGAGCAUCAGAGACCAGAGCAUCAGAGACCAGAACAUCAGAGACCAGAACAUCAGUGACCAUCUCAGACAACACAAUCUUCAGCAUCUCAACCAUCUCUGAACCAUGAAGACCCUGACUGCUCUACUCCUCCUGGGACUGCUCUGCUCCCUCCAUACCACGUCUGCAGCUGUCAUGGGGAUUGAAGCAAUAACUGCCAGAAAUUGCUGUGUGAAGUUCCACCCCAGGAGGCUCCCUCUUGAUGCAAUGGUGUCAGUUUAUAAGACCCCUAGUAGCUGCCCUCGCAAAGCACUGGUUUUCACCACAAAGAAAGGGAAGACAUUUUGUGUUGACCCUUCUGAAGCCUGGGUCCAGAGUCAUGUGACCAAGAUUGAGAGCAGAUCGACCACUGCCAAGACGACGAUGAUGUCAUCAACCACCGCCACCACCAGCUAACUGCCAUAACUGUCAGAUCUGUCAAGAAAAUAGAAUAUCAUAUUUUUGUUGAACAUAGAAUAAUAUUAUUUUAUUCUUAUUUAUUGACCAUAGUGUAAAUAGUGUAAAAUUACUGUGUAUUUUGAAAUUAUUAUUUUUUGUCAACAAAUUCAUAUGUUUGUUUCAGCAAUAAAGCUAAAUA